AGGGGCCUAUCGGGGUGGAGUCGCCUCGGCCCGCCCGAGCCCAUGGAGCCUGUGGCGGGGCUCUGGGCGGCCGCCCUCUGGAGGGGCUGCAACUUGCUCAUGGCCGCCUUCUUUGCGCUGGCCGCGGUGGUGCAGGUAAAUGACCCAGAUGCAGAACUGUGGAUGGCGGUAUAUACCAUACCUGCAGUGCUGACCUUGCUUGUUGGCCUUAACCCUCUUGUCACAGGUAACCGUAUCUGGAAAAGUGUCUCUGCAAUACACAUAUUCUUUUGUGUGAUCUGGGCUAUCAGCUUGGCAUACCAUCUCUUCCUUCAUAUACAACAAAACAUCUUACAUGAGGAAGAAGGCAGGGAAUUGUGUGGUCUGGUGAUUAUCACAGUGUGGAUGAGCCUGUGCCACAGUUCAUCAAAGAAUCCAGCUGGUGGAAGAGUUCAGUUGGUUAUUGCCACUGCAAUUGCUCUUUUCCCUCUUAUCUCAUGGGCCUACAUAUAUGUAAACGAGGAGAUGAGGUCUUCCUGGCCAACUCACUGCAAGACAGUCAUUUAA